GAAGUGGAUGAUAUCUGUAGAGUAAUGGUUAAAAUCAUUAACAACUCACUGCUGCAGGCCCACACACGAUAUCAACAUUUGGCCACUCCACACCAAAUAGUAAACUUCAUAACCUUUGGCCAUGGCGUGGGAGUGGGCUGGCUGUCACCCACACUGACCAAAAUCGCCCCUGGCCUUUAAAGUUAACAUCGAUGAAACAUCCUGGAUGGGUUCCAUGUUGGGACUGGGCAGCCUGUGCGGAAAUCAUUCAUAGCCUUUUUGUUGGAGAGAGCUGACAGGAAAUUCUGCAUUUAUCUGCUGACAGUACCUUAUGCAGUGAGUGGGAUGUCUGAUAGACGGGUAAUGCGUUAUAGUAUCGACACCUUUUCUCUCAGUGCCUCUGGAUUUUGAUUUACUGUGCCUCCAAUAUUUAAUUUCUAUAUGCAGCAUGAUUUUUGUGUGGUUUCAGCCUGUGUGGUUGUACCCGUUUUUAUCAGUGAAGUGGCAGCCGCCAGGUGGUUUUUUUAUGUCAGCAGUUUAAAAUGUAAUUAAAGUCUGUUGUCAUUGAAUCCCCAGCAUUGCUCUGAUGUUGUCUGUGGACUUUGGAGUUCUGGCUGGCUUUGUAUUAUGUACCUGUUGACUUUGUGGUGCCUUUCUUGGGCCUCAUAGUGCCCGUGGCCUACUUUGUUGUCAGCUUAAUAUUGCCCGAAAUGAAAGGAAACCAACUCGGAUCGGCUGAGAAGUACUUUAGAAAAUACAAAAAUGAGAAGGGACGAUGCAACAAUACACAAGUGGACUUUGAAGAUCUUCGAACUAGUGUUUUGCAUCAGCAGUCAUGGUUGGCUUCCAUUGGUGCUGAUGGUUUUCACAUUAUACCUGGCCAAUAUGGGAAUGGUUGGCCUCGUCUUUCUGGAUAUUGUGGAUGUCUAUCCAGCUAAGAUACCUUUUCUUGGCACUUCGGUAUCCACCAUUUGGAUGAGCAUCCUGGUGCUCUGCAAACUGAAGUUAUUUCCUCUGAUGCUGCACUUUUGGGGCAUAUCCUUGACGAUGUCGUUUCCAGCAACAUUAAGUUUGCUUACCUUCAUCUACUUUCUCUUUUCCUUGCCCGAAAGUAAGGGAAAAUCGAUGUUCGAUGAUUAAACAAUUUCUGCAUGUGUAUUACCUUGCAAUUCGUUUAGAAAAAUAAAAUAAACAUA